AUAAGUCUGUGUAUCUCUUGUGGUCAGUUUCAAGUGUAAUCUCUCCGUGAGAACAGGAUCUACUUGAGCUAAACCUAAUUGAGCAAGAAGUUUUACAGCAGCUGGUCAACAUGUGUACUGCAAAAUGCUCCCGUUGCAUCGCCGUUACUCUAUAUCCACUGGCAGUCAUAUCCAUAAUCUGUAAUAUUGUGCUGUUUUUUCCUGCUGGAGAUGUCCAGUAUGCCAAAGAUGGACACAUUACAGAAGAGGUGAAAUACAUGGGUGGGCUCAUCGGAGGGGGCGUAAUGGUGCUGAUCCCUGCACUUCACAUUCAUUUGACUGGAAAACAGGGUUGCUGUGGAAAUCGCUGUGGGAUGUUCUUGUCAAUUGCAUUUGCUGCAGUGGGUGUGGCCGGCGCUCUGUACAGCUUCGUUGUGGCAGUAGUUGCUUUAAACAAUGGGCCCCUGUGUAAAGUUUUACUACUUUGGGCAACGCCUUUUAAAGACAGUGAAAAGAGCUACCUGACUGACAGCUCUGUGUGGUGGCAGUGCACAGCGCCUGAGAAAAUUGUGGAGUUUCAUAUUGGACUGUUCAGCACCCUGCUGGUCACAAGCUGCCUGCAGCUGAUUCUCUGCGCUUCUCAGAUGAUUAACGGGCUCUUUGGCUGUCUGUGUGGAACCUGCACCAACAAAGGGCCACUGUGAGGUCCUGACAGCUGUCUGAUGCCUCCAGCUGGAAGACACCUGCAUGAAAUCUUAACGUUAAAAGGGUUUUUUUUUUUCUCAAAUUAGUAUAUUUUUGUGUGCAUUUUGUGCUUCUAAUCUUAUUGAUUUUUUUUCAACAAAGUAAUCUGAUGUUAAGUGGUUGGCUGUAAAAGCUGCACAUUGGUCUGCUGCAGUCAGGUGGUCAGUUUAUGAGGCCCAAAUUAUGGUGAUUUGCAAGUUUUUUUUAACAUUAAACUGUACGUAUUUUGUGUAUUUUUA